AUGCCCAAAGAAAAGAACUACAACCCUGUCCAGGAGCAGAAGAAAGCCGACAAGCAGAAAGCUCUCCGCAAGCAAAAAGCCACUGUCCAGGCCCAGCGCAACGAGAAACUCGCCCGCCGCAACCCCGCGCGCAUCCAGCGAGACAUCGACCAACUCAAGGACCUUGAUCAGAGCGGUGCGCUCCGGCCACACGAGCGCCAGCGCCUGGCAGAGCUCGAAAAGGAUCUUGCAGCAGUCAACAAAGCGCGCGCGGCGCUCGGCGACAAGGCACCACAAUUCAAGCCAGAGCGGAGGCACGAAGACUUUGAGGAUCGGGGUGGGCGGGACGGCGGAAGGGGGCGAGGCGGAGGUGUACUGGGCAAGCGAACGAGGGACGGGCAGAGGAAAGAGGACGACAGCAGCGACACAGAUGCCGAUGUAGCGAACAUCCCCAUGCCGCGCGACACACCGCCACCGAUACCGCGCCAGCGCCAGCGAAAGACACAGACGGAGGAACAAGCGCCUGAGCCGAAGAAAGCACAGAUCGUUUACGAGGCAGCGCCGCAAGUUCGCGAUUUCCUCAAGGAGGCUACCAAGUUCAUGCCUGCAGCGGUCGCGCAGAAGAUGAAGCUUGCAAAGGGCGAAGGGAGGCUGCUGGAGCCCGAAGAGUUUGACAAGCUGCGGGAAGACGGGUACAUGGGCAAGGAAAAGACCGAGCCCGGACCUGAAGCUGACCCGGAGCUGGACGAGUUUUUGAAGACGACAACAGGCGCAGUCGCUGAAAAGGUGGCAGAGGCUGCGAUAGAAGAAGCAGAGUACGACAUGAUGGCUGCUGAGGUACAAGGGAACAUGCACGGGGCACAAGCAGAAGCAAGAGUGGCAGAGAACAAGCUGCGGCACGUCGAGGUAGAAGAGGUCGAAGACGAGGACAUCUGA